GACCAAUCAUUCGACUCAAAACUGACUUUGUCCUCAAAGCGGAAAAGAGGAGUUGAUAAAGACCUGCAUGCCAUGCUAUAUUUGCGCACCUUUCUUCCACGACAAACUAUACCUUGCCUCCCUUUGCGCCAAGGCAGAUUACUUACUUACCUUCGUCAGCAAUGCCUUCACAAUAUAUACGCACGCACGACCAAUGGUCAUGCCCAUACAGUCCUCACGGCAAUGGCGUCGACAUGGAUGGCACGUGGCCUGCAGGCGCUACUGCUUCUGUUGGCGCUUCUGCUCGUCCCCCGCGGCGGCGAUGGCGCCGCGGUGUUCUCCGGGUACACGUUCAAGGGGCAGGGCGAGGCCGAGGCCUUCGAGGAGGCGCUGCUGCGCCAGGCCUGCUUCAACGUCUCCUCUUCUUCCUCCGGGGCCGGGCGCGGCAAGGGUGACUGCGUCUCGCGCAUCGACACGGCACGCGGCGGGCCCAGCAGCGGGCCCGUCCCCGUCCUCCGCGCCGCGCUCCGCGACACGCUCGGCGAGGCCGUCAGCGCCGUCGGGGCCGUCGCCGGCCUGGCGUCCCUGUCCAACCACGCGCGCGAGGAGAUGGCCGUGCGCGACUGCAUCGAGCUGCUCGGGUACUCCGUCGACGAGCUCGGGUGGUCGCUCGACGCCAUGGCCGAGCCUGUCGACGGCGCGGAGGUGGAGAUGGAGACCGCUCACGGCGCUGCGCCCGGGAGUCUUCGCAGUGGGGCGCGCGCCGAAGACGACCUGCACGCCUGGCUCAGCGCCGCGCUGGGCAACCAGGACACGUGCACGGAGGGCUUCCGCGGCACCGAUGGCCGCCUGCUGCGUCGCGUCGAGGAGUCUGUGGCGCAGCUGACGCAGCUGGUGAGCAACCUGCUCGCCAUGCACAAGCGGCUGCGCAGCAUCAUGCCGCUGCGCCAGCGCGGCAAGAACGACACGGCGGCGUCCGGCGCCGGUUCGGAGCUGCCGCCGUGGGUGAUGGACGUCGCCGGCGGCGUCGAAGGGGAGCUCGCGCGCGCCCGGGGCCGGUCGGGACGGAAGAAGGCGAUGCGCGUGGACGUGGUGGUGGCUCGGGACGGGAGCGGGAGGUACCGGUCUGUCGGCGAGGCGGUGGCGCGCGCGCCCAACCACAGCCGGAGGAAGUACGUCAUCUACGUGAAGCGAGGGGUGUACUACGAGAACGUGGACGUGAAGAAGAAGAAGACCAACAUCGUGCUCGUCGGCGAGGGCAUGGGCGAGACGGUCAUCACCGGCAGUCGGAGCUUCUCGAGCGGCUGGACGACGUUCCGGAGCGCCACCGUUGCCGUGUCCGGCGCGGGGUUCAUCGCGCGGGACCUGACGAUCCGCAACACGGCGGGGGCGGCGGCGCACCAGGCGGUGGCCCUGCGCGUGGACUCGGACCGCUCGGCCUUCUUCCACGUGGCCGUCGAGGGGCACCAGGACACGCUCUACGCGCACUCGCUCCGGCAGUUCUAUCGGGACUGCCGCGUGUCCGGCACCGUGGACUUCGUCUUCGGCAACGGCAUCGCCGUGAUCCAGCGCACCACCCUCGCCACGCUGCCGCUGGCGCCGGGGCAGACGGGGAGUGUCACGGCGCAGGGCCGCAAGGACCCGAACCAGAACACGGGGUUCUCCAUCCACAACUGCGUCGUGGAGGCCAAGUACCCGACCUACCUCGGCCGACCGUGGAAGCCAUUCUCGCGGGUGGUGGUCAUGGAGUCGUACCUGGGUGCCGGCGUGCGCACGCGCGGGUGGCUCGAGUGGGCAGGGGACGCCGGCCUCGCCACCCUCUUCUACGGGGAGUACAGAAACUUUGGGCCCGGCGCGGGGGUAGCCGGGCGGGUAAAGUGGCCGGGGUACCACGUGAUCAUGGACCCGGCAUGGGCCAGCCACUUCACCGUAAGGCGGUUCAUCGACGGCCUGACAUGGCUGCCGUCCGCCGGCGUCACCUUCACGGCCGACUUGAUCAAGAAAUGACACACUAGCAAGUGGUCAAUUUGGGGAUGGAUAGCCGGGAUCGAUGUAUUCCCUUAUAUACUCGUGUAUUGGAAGGUACAGUAAAAUUGAGUAGGAUGCUUACAAAUGUUUGCCACGUACGCAAUUAGAAUGGACGUUUUUUAAGGGGAAGAAUGUAAGUUUUUUUUACGUAACACGUAGAUUGUUUAGAUCUUAACAACAACGGGUCACAUGAAUUGUACUCGUGAUUUUCUAUUUUUGAACACGGAACAAAAGCAAGCGCUCAUACAAUUGUACUCGUGAUUUCUAUUUUUGAACACGGAACAAAAGCAAGCGCUCAUACAAUUGUACUCGUGAUUUGUUUUGACAAUUAAAACAUGACUGCACCAAGGAUCAUCUUUGAGCCCUUAUAUUUUUGCUCCGGCGAUGGAUGAGGUCACAAGAAAUAUAAGGUAGUGUAUACUCUUUGCGGAUGAUAUGAUGGCAGUCGACGAUAAUCAGACGGGAUUUAAUAAAAGGUUAGAGCUUUGGAGGCAGACUUUGAAAUCAGAAGGUUUUAAAUUUAUUUUACAACUAAA